UAUUAGCAAUUUAGCACACAAAAAAAUUAUGUGCAGAGAAAUAGCAUUAGCAACCCAAUAAGUAAAAAAACAAAAUAUGAGAAAAUAUAAUUCAAAAUGUGUCAUCUAUUUCACUUUGCUUUUGCUCAUUGGUGUGUUCAUAGAAAUGACGAAGGCUCGGAAUCAGAACACGACAGUACCCGUAAAUGUCGGAGUUAUUGUCGACCUGGAGGCCGAGAGGAAAGGGUUGAGCAGCAUAAAGAUGGCCCUGUCGGAUUUUUAUGGUUCCCAUUCUCAUUACAAGACAAGGUUGGUUCUUAACAUCAGAGACUCCAUGCAAGAUGUUGUCGGUGCUGCUUCUGCAGCUCUGGAGCUGAUAAAAAAUGUGCAAGUGCAAGCAAUUAUAGGGCCAAACACAUCAAUGCAAGCUGAUUUCGUAAUUGAUCUUGGAGAAAAAGCUCAAAUACCCAUCAUCUCAUAUUCUGCCACAAAUCCCUCUCUUACUUCCAUUAAAACCCCAUAUUUUUUCAGAGCUGCACAAGAUGACUCAGUUCAACUUAAAGCCAUUAGUGCGAUCAUUAAAGCUUUUGGAUGGAGACAAGCAGUGCCCAUUUACAUAGAUAAUCAGUACGGCCAAGGAAUCCUGCCAUUUUUAGCCGAUGCUUUACAACAAAUCGAGACUCAUAUCCCUUACAGGUGUAAUCUAUCUCCGGAUUCUACUGAUAAUCAAAUAGCUGAAGAGCUUUUAAAAUUGAUGACUAUGCAAACUCGGGUUUUCAUUGUUCAUAUGCCGCCGUUUCUGGGCUCUCGUCUCUUUACCAAAGCAAACGAGCUUGGAAUGAUGAGUGAAGGCUAUGUUUGGAUCAUAACGGAUGGAAUGACUGACCACUUGAGUUCUUUAAAUCCUUUUGUUAUUGAAUCAAUGCAAGGUGUGAUUGGUGUUCGACAUUAUGUUCCGAAGAGUAAAGAGCUCGAAAAUUUUCGUGAUCGUUGGAAGAGAAAUUAUCUGCAGGAAAAUCCGGGAAGUGUUGAUUCAGAAUUGAGCAUUUUUGAACUAAGGGCUUAUGAUGCUGCUAUUGCAUUAGCCAUGGCAAUUGAGAAAACGGGAGCUGCAAAUUUCGCCUUUGGAAUGGCGAAUACUUCUUCUUCAUCAACUGACCUUGCAUCGCUUGGAGUGUCUCUAAAUGGUCCUGCCCUUGUUCAAGCAUUAUCAGCCACUCGCUUCAAAGGCCUCGCCGGAGAUUUCCUUUUCGUGAAAGGGCAGCUACCACAAUCAGCUUUCCAGAUAAUCAACGUUAUCGGAGAUGCAACUAGAGGACUUGGAUUUUGGACAACCAAAAAUGGACUUAUAAAGAAGCUGAACUCAUCAGUAGCAAAAAAAAGCACUUCGAAGUCCAAUCUUGCACAUGUUAUCUGGCCGGGGGAUUCAGCUUUCGUUCCUAAGGGAUGGGAGAUUCCGACAAAUGGCAAGAAACUAAGAAUCGGAGUGCCAAUGAAGGAAGGCUUUAAUGAAUUUGUAAAGGUGACGAGAGAUAGCAUGACUAAUGCUACAAGUGUAAAAGGCUACUGCAUAGAUGUUUUUGAUGCUGUAGUAGAAGCAUUGCCUUACUCUCUGACUUAUGAAUACAUCCCAUUUGUUAAGCCUGAUGGUACAGCAGCAGGAACAUAUAAUGAUCUAGUCAAUCAAGUCUACACCAGGAAUUUUGAUGCUGUGGUGGGAGAUAUAGCUAUAAUUGCCAAUAGAUCCUUUUAUGUGGACUUCACAUUGCCUUAUACUACGUCAGGAGUAUCAAUGUUUGUUCCAAUUAAAGACAACAAGAGUAAAAAUGCAUGGGUUUUCUUGAAGCCUUUGACAUGGGAUCUUUGGAUGACGAGUUUUUGUUUCUUUAUUUUCAUUGGAUUUGUUGUAUGGGUUCUUGAACAUAGAAUUAAUGAAGACUUUAGAGGUCCUCCUUCACAUCAAAUUGGAACAGCCUUCUGGUUCUCUUUCUCCACCAUGGCUUUUGCCCAACGGGAAAGAGUGAUGAGCAACUUGGCCAGAGUAGUAGUAAUUAUAUGGUGCUUCGUAGUAUUGAUUCUCACUCAAAGCUAUACAGCUAGUUUAACAAGUCUCCUCACCGUCCAGCAGCUCAUACCAAUUGUAACUGAUGUUCAUCAGCUCAUUAAAAAUGGAGAUAACGUAGGCUACCUGAAGGACUCUUUUGUUCCAGGAAUCUUGACAGGCUUGGGCUUUGACGAAUCAAAGCUCAAAAUGUACAAAUCUACUGAUGAAUGCAACGAACUUUUCUCAAAAGGAAGUAAAAAUGGCGGCAUUACUGCUGCUUUUGAUGAAAUUCCAUACAUUAAGCUGUUUCUUGUAAAGUAUUGCUCCAAAUAUACUAUGGUUGAACCGACAUUUCAGACAGGCGGCUUUGGAUUUGUUUUUCCUAGAGGAUCUCCAUUAGUACCUGACAUAUCGAGAGCGAUCCUGAAUUUGAGGGAAGGAGAUAGAAUAAAGAGAAUUAAGAGAGCAUGGUUUGGAGAACAAGUCCCUUGUCCAGAUCCAAGCACUAGUAUUUCUUCCAGUAGCCUUAGUCUCAGAAGUUUCUGGGGAUUAUUUUUAAUUGCAGGAGUAGCUUCAGUUUUAGCUCUGAUCAUAUUUGCAGUCGUGUUCUUUUACCAACAUAGGCAAAUAUUUCUACCUGAUUCAGAUUUAUUAGAAUCUUCAUCAGUAUGGAGCAGAAUUGUUAAGCUGUUCAGAAUAUUUGACCACAAGGACUUGGAAUCACACGCUUUCAGAAAGGGUAGUGAAGUGCAUGAGAUAUAUUUGGCGACGCCAAGUCCUUCAAUUUAUUCUGUCAGGACUGAUUUUCCUGAAGAACACGGGACGCCUUCUGUAGAUUACGGUGAUCCAAAUCCAACACCUCAACAAGCAGUUAUAAAAAUUAAUGAGCUUGAAGAAUCAACAAGUAGUCAUCCAUAAUGGUUGUAGAGUUCAUGUAGUAUUUAUUCUUUUAUUGAUUCCUGAAAUUUUUCUAUUUUUGAAGAUCGAAACAAUUAAAGCCAAAAGUUUAUAAUAAAAAAAUCAGGUAUCGAUGGAUCUGCAGGGCUUCUAUUUAGAUGCUAAUAGCUAGAGAGAACAUAAUACUCCCUCCGUCCCAAUUGAGCUGUCAACUUUGCCUUUAUCACACAGUUAAAGAAAAACAAUUAUUAUU